CCAGCGCAGACCUUACUCCCCCAACGCCGACUGUCCCUCGUGCUGGUUCUGACAGUGCUCCUUCUUGACUCUCUUGGCGAAGAUGUGAUUUUUCAUCCUGAAGGGGAGUUUGACUCGUACGAAAUCACCAUUCCCGAGAAGCUGAGCUCCCGAGGAGAAGCGCAGGGUGUGAUCAGUCCCGUGGCCUACCUACUGCAGCUGAAAGGCAAGAAGCGUGUCCUCCAUUUGUGGCCCAAGAGGUUUCUGUUGCCCCGACAUCUGCGCGUUUUCACCUUCACGGAACGUGGGGAACUGCUGGAGGAUCGCCCUUAUAUACCCAAGGACUGCAACUACAUGGGCUCCGUGGAAGAGUCUCCAGACUCUAAAGCUACUAUAAGCACGUGCAUGGGGGGUCUCCGAGGCAUAUUCAACAUAGAUGCCGAGCAUUACCAAAUUGAGCCCCUCAAGACCUCUCCCAGUUUUGAACAUGUCGUGUAUCUCCUGAAGAAGGAGCAGUCUGGCAGCCAGGCUUGUGGUUUAAGUGAUGAUGAACUAGAAUGGCAGAUGGCCCCUUAUGAGAAUCAGGCUAGGCUAAGGGACUUUCCCGGAUCCUAUAAGCACCCAAGGUAUUUGGAAUUGGUCCUGGUCUUUGAUCAAAGUAGGUACAGGUUUGUGAACAGCAAUCUUUCUCAAGUCAUACAUGAUGCCAUGCUUUUGACUGGGAUUAUGGACACCUACUUUCAAGAUGUUCGUUUGAGGAUCCACUUGAAGGCUCUCGAAGUAUGGACGGAUUUUAACAAAAUACGCGUUGGAUAUCCAGAGUUAGCUGAAGUUUUAGGCAGAUUUUUGAUAUAUAAAAAAAAUGUAUUAAAUGCUCGGCUCUCAUCAGAUUGGGCACAUUUAUAUCUUCAAAGAAAAUUUAAUGAUGCUCUUGCGUGGUCAUUUGGAAAAGUCUGUUCUCUAGACCUUGCUGGAUCAGCGAGUACUUUACUAGGUACAAAUAUCCUUGCCCCUGCCACCUGGUCUGCUCACGAGCUGGGUCAUGCCGUGGGGAUGCUACAUGAUGAACAAUACUGCCAGUGCAGGGGUAGGCUUAAUUGCAUCAUGGGCUCAGGACGCGCUGGGUUUAGCAAUUGCAGUUACAUCGCUUUUUUUAAACACGUCUCUUCAGGAGCAACGUGUCUAAAUAACAUCCCAGGACUUGGUUAUGUAGCUAAGAGAUGUGGCAACAAAAUCGUAGAAGACAAUGAGGAAUGUGACUGUGGUUCCCCAGAGCAGUGUAAUAAAGAUCGGUGUUGCCAAUCAAAUUGUAAGUUGCAACCAGGUGCCAACUGUAGCAUUGGACUUUGCUGUCACGAUUGUCAGUUUCGUCCAUCUGGAUAUGUUUGUAGGCAGGAAGAAAAUGAAUGUGACCUUGCAGAGUACUGUGAUGGGAAUUCAAGUUACUGCCCAAAUGACGUUUACAAGCAGGAUGGAACCCCUUGCAAGUAUGAAGGCCGUUGUUUCAGGAAGGGGUGCAGAUCCAGAUAUAUGCAGUGCCAAAGCAUUUUUGGGCCUGAUGCCAGGGAGGCUCCCAGUCAGUGCUAUGAUGCAGUUAACUUAAUAGGUGAUCAAUUUGGUAACUGUGAGAUUACAGGAAUUCGACAUUUUAAAAAGUGUGGCAGUGAAAAUUCAAUAUGUGGCAGGCUACAGUGUAUCAAUGUCGAAACCAUCCCUGAUUUGCCAGAGCAUACGACUAUAAUCUCUACUCAUUUACGGGCAGAAAAUCUCAUGUGCUGGGGCACAGGUUAUCAUCUAUCCAUGAAACCCAUGGGGAUACCCGACGUGGGUGUGAUAAAUGAUGGCACCUCCUGUGGGGAAGACCGGGUGUGUUUUAAGAAAAAUUGCGUCAGUAGCUCAGUCCUGAAGUUUGACUGUUUGCCUGAGAAAUGCAACACCCGAGGUGUUUGCAACAACAGGAAAAACUGCCACUGCAUGUAUGGCUGGGCACCCCCAUUCUGUGAGGAGGUGGGAUAUGGAGGGAGCGUUGACAGCGGGCCCCCAGGACUGCUAAGAGGGGCGAUUCCCUUGUCAAUUCGGAUAGUGUCCAUCAUAAUGUUUCGCCUUAUUUUAUUAAUCCUUUCCAUGGUUUUUGUGUUUUUCCGGCAAGAGAUAGGAAACUAUUUAAAACCUAGUGAGGAAAAGAUGCCACCAUCCGAAGCAAAACCUGGACAGGAAGAAUCUAAAGCAAAAGCCGAACAGGGAGCUUCUAAAGCAAAAGCCGGACAGGAAGAAUCUAAAACAAAAACCGGACAGCAAGAAUCAAAAGCAAAAACUGGACAGCAAGAAUCAAAAGCAAAAACUGGACAGCAAAAAUCAAAAGCAAAACCUGGGCAGGAAGAAUCUAAAGCAAAAACCGAACAGGGAGCUUCUAAAGCAAAAACCGGACAGGAAGAACCUAAAACAAAAACCGGACAGCAAGAAUCAAAAGCAAAACUUGGACAGCAAGAAUCUAAAGCAAACGUUGAAAGUAAACCACCCAAAGCAAAGAGUGUCAAGAAACCAAAAAAGUAACCGGCAAUCCACACUCAUUCAGUCACAGAGGCUCACUUAUUUAGCCAGCUAAUCGGUAAACCAAAGGCUUUUCAUCCUUCUCCCAAUAAUUUUUUACUUCAAUUUUUCUCACUAGCUUUGAUUAGCAAAUAAAUGACAUUCUUGUUUAGGAAACCAACCAGUGCAUUCUGCUUCUCUAGUAUUCAUUCGCCCCCCAGCUUGUGAUCAAGUUGUGGGUAUCUUGAAAAUCACGCUCUCAUGGCUUUUCCACCCACUAAAGCUCUGAAAGUAGUGAGUUUCCUAGAAUUACCGUGGUAUUUAAAGUACAGCCUUGUUUCUCAGAAUCCCAGGGAGCAAAGCAAUUGUCUGCCUCUCCCUCUGCCUCCCCCAACUUGAUCCACGUGAACAUCCGCGCCUACACCCAUGGUGAUCAAUAAAUGCUG